ACUGCUGGUGCUUCUAGUGCAAUCCGCGCUUCUGCUCGUUGCUGAGUUACAAUUCUCAUGUCCCCGCCACUUACCGAAGAAAAGUUAUCCACGGCAAUGGUGAUUGAUGGCGCAGAUGCUUCUGAAGUCUGUGCAAGCAACAUUGCGUUGCCUUCUGUAAUGGCAUUCGCCGCAAGUUGCCGUGGACGAGAAGAGCAGAGCCAGUUCCGUAGUCGUUUCGCUGUGCAGACCUGGUGACAUCGAGAGACGCGGGGGCGAAAACCGGAGAGUAUCACCGUUUGCUGGCCACAUCGAUACUCUGUACAGAGCAAAAACAAUUUCCAGACACGCGGGGCUGCCGGUCACAAACUACUCUGAAUAAGACUCGCCGAAUUUGUUUUCUAGGAUGGCACUUUCCUACCACCAGCUUUUUAGGCUGCACAGGCACGUGCUCAGUGGUAGUAGAGUGGGGUCGGAAACAGCGAAUGCGACCCGCCUAACAACUGUUCGUGAAGCGUUUUCACCUGAAACUGAUGCAUGCACACUCCAGUGACUGGUGCUCAACAAAAUAAUUUCUUUAGCAUCCCCUUUUCGAAAGGCGACCUAGCAUCUUUACCGUAUUGAACAGCACUCGGCGAUCUUGGCACUGCGUGCCGAGCGCAUCGUUGUGUGUGAUAUCAACGAUUGCACCAUCAUCAUCCUCCAUCUCGUGGCUCCGCACAGCAACAAGACCUACUCUGCGUGUUCGAAUUCUACCGCCUCCCUCGACUAAUUCCCCAUGAAAGAUGCAUAGUCGGAAAGGAGCGAGCUCUCUACCGCGCGGCCGAGGGGCGGGGAAGAAGACAGAGUUGACGGAAGAACAGCGGCAAGAAAUCAAGGAAGCGUUCGACUUGUUCGACACAGAUGGGUCAGGCUGCAUCGACGCAAAGGAGUUGAAGGUCGCGAUGCGCGCGCUCGGCUUCGAACCGAAGAAAGAGGAGAUUCGAAAGAUGAUCGCGGACGUGGACAAGGAUGGCACGGGAAGCGUUGACUUCCAGGAGUUCCUCAGUCUCAUGACUGUCAAGAUGGCAGAACGCGAUCCGCGCGAGGAGAUCCUCAAGGCAUUUCGGCUCUUUGACGAUGACGAGACAGGGAAAAUCUCGUUCAAGAAUUUGAAGCGUGUGUCUAAGGAGCUCGGGGAGAAUUUGACGGACGAAGAGCUUCAGGAAAUGAUUGACGAGGCGGACCGGGACGGCGACGGGGAAAUCAAUGAAGAGGAGUUCAUUCGUAUCAUGAGAAAGACGAAUCUGUUCUAGAACAUUCGAGGCGAAUCAAGGACUUUUUAAUGGUUUUGUGGUUAUCUCUGCGUGCGUGGGGAAGGCAACGAACCCGGGGAUUCCAAGACCGGUCCCGGUUCCGCCGGACCAGCAAGAAUGUGCGUACCCAGAGACGCAGUUUUCUUGUUCUUCAACGAUGUAGCAAAUGCGCUUUGUCUAUUGUCAAAAGGGAGAGUCGAGUUCUAUCCGCGUCUGGACGCUCUGCCCGUCGCUCGUGUUUUUCUGUCUAUCCGCGUCCACAUGUUUUCAUAACUCUUGUAAAUGCUUCGUUUACAUCACCCCCUGGGAAGCUGGGUUGGUGUAAGCCGAGUUCGUCUACUCUUCGUGUAACUGGUUCUCUUAACCUUCUCUGCCUUCAAUGUUAACCCGUUUCGGGGAAAGACGACGAGCCGGUCCCAGCUGGGAAGGACCGAUCGCUCGUGGCUGUCUGUUUUCCAGUUUAUUUUGCUGAUGGAAGCGUCGCAGAACGCGUUCGCGAUCAAUGCUGUGGAUUCGUUAUGUGCGGCACACGCUCCGGCCUUGUCAUCUUGGCAGGUAAUUGCGUCCGGUCCGCUGGCACAACGGAACAUGCACGCGCCACAAAAACUGCUCAAAAAUUGAGGCCUCG